AUGAGCGCACCAGAGUUCCAGCAGGCGCGCAUCUCGGACGACCUGACCCUCGUCUACGUCGACUCGUGGCACGGCAGGGCCAAGGGGGACUUGCCGGAGCGGUACACGACGGUUGUCGGACUGCACGGCGUCGGAUUCAACAGUGCCGUCUGGACGCCGCUGCUCCCCGCUCUCCCCUCCUCGAUCCGCUUCCUCGCCUACAACCAGCGCUCGUACGCCCGAUCGUCGCCCGCAUUCGACGCCACGCAACCUGGAGGAACGGAUGCGACCGCGACGUACCUGUGCGACUUGAUGGAGUUCUUGCGGUUUGCGGUGGAUGAGCUGGGCGUGCAGGGCGUCGACGAGGAGACGCACGAGGGCGGUAUCGUCCUCCUGGGCUGGAGCAAGGGCACCGUCCUAUGCUUCUCGCUCCUCUCGCUCAUCCACCUCACCUCCUCGCCCUCGCCCACCUCUUUCCUCGCACACCUGCCGUCCUCAGGUCUCCCGCACGCCUCACUCCUUCGCACGCACCUCCGCUCCCUAAUUCUCUUCGAGCCUCCCGGUUCCGCUCUCGGACGCCCGCCGACUGACGACUACACAAGCGCCAUGAAGGCCGUCUCGCCGCCGCACUCGUCGACGCCGACCGAGUUCGCCGAGGCUUUCGCAGGAUGGAUCGGGAUGUACGCUCCUUCGGCGAGUGCGGACGAAGUAGCGGAGGAACUGCUCCCGCCGUCAGGGUUGGACGCUCUCGGUCCUGAGUUGCGCAAAGUCGCGUGGGAACCGGCAUGCGUCGCGCAUGGGUUCAGUUGGCGGCUGGCGGAAGGAGCGGAGGAGGUCCAGCGCUUGGCGGAGAGCGCGUUGAAGCCGACUGGUGGAGUCGCCCUGCCUGUCGGGUUGAUCUACGGCACGCGGACGAACGGGUACUGUCUCGAUGCGGCCAGGACGGUCGAAGGGUGGUGGGGGAUCUCGGACGACGCGCAGGACGGUGGCGAGGAGCAGGCAAAGCGCAAGACGGCCGUCCGCAAGGUACCCGGCACGAACCACUUUGCGUUCAUUCACGAGCCAGAGGCGUUCGCGAAGGCUGUCAUCGAGCUCGUAGACGAGUUGUCACUCUAA